GUCCCGCUGUUUGCCGGGUUCAGUGGGGAUAUUAAAGUUCGGGUGUGAACUGGCCAAUCUGGGAUUAGUGCUCUGGGAUUUUUAAAUACCUGACAGAAAAUGGCAAUAAUCUCCUGCGUCUAACAUAACAAACACGAUGGCCUAAUGUUGUGUAAAAGGGGAUAAUUUGGAAUGGAUGCCAUUAGUGUGAGCAGAAAGAAACUUUGUUUUUUGGAUUACAAUUGCGGUGUGGAUUUUGUGGAUACACGAUGUGGAUUAUAUGACACAGAACAGGAUUGAGCGCAUAUUUAUUAUGAAAGAUAAUGCAAGUUACUAAGCUCAUUUAUAUGUAGGCCUACUCACAUAGAACCUCGAAUGUUAGAAGCUUCACGGAUAUCAAGAUGUGACCUAUGACCUUUGAUACUCGUCGUUUUACCAGUUUUUUAAGUGACAUCAUUGUACAUUGACAUCUCUGGCGCUGUUACCAUGGCAACGGCCGUCACCAGACCCACCUCCGGCACCAAGCGCAACUUGCUGGCCGCUCCGUCAAGACUGCCGUUCCCCACCUCACCCUCGGUGCCAGACCGUCGGGCCAGGUUACGGCGUGUGAAUCUCAACAAGGCCAACGGUGGCCCGGCAGAUCAGGGUGGCCCGGGCCAACCCAGCCGGUCAGAUAUCCUACGGCGGUUGGGUGGUGGUAACCUGGCCAAUCAUGCAAACCUGGUCACUCAUUCCAACCUGUUUUCUGGACAUGAGGACACGCCCACCACGAAUGUGUCACUCAGGAAAAGCCAUCGUAACAUCGUGACGUCAAAAAGCCAUCGAAACCCUGAGUUUAUUCCUCUCACCGUCAGACCUCCCUCCCCCUCUCAUGGAGGCGCCGCGGCUCACGAGGCUCCCUCCGCGUAUCGCCCACCCUCCUCCCAGCGCCCUCCCUCCUCCCACCGGCCUAGGGCCACGCCCAGACCCCGCUCAGCUCGUCGAAGAUCCCGGAGCCGGGCGGGAAAGCCGGAGCGGUUACGGCUCCCUAGUAUAGGUCAGGUGAAGACGGUGGAGCUGACGGAGACUCAGGGAGUUUUUCUCACAGCUUUGGCGUACGAGGACUCCCCAAUGCCAACAGACCGGCAUGGUUCCAUUUCCUCCCGGUCCUCUAAGGGCGAGGAGAAGACCUCGACUGACCUGGUUCCAGCCGAGCAACUUCCGGUCAUCGACACGUCACGUGACAACCUGACCGGCAGGUCCACGGUCGCCCGGAACACGACCGGUCUCCAGAGGGUUUACCUGGAGGGUCUGGAGUACAUGAGGGGUCACGUGGGGCAGGUGGAGGAGGAGGCGGAGAGGAUUAAUCGGGAGUUUCACAAGGUGGAAUCGCAGGAUUAUCAUCAAUAUUUAAUUAGGGUCAAUGAACUUUUGCUGGAGGCGAAUGCUGGUCUACGGAAAAACAACGUUGCUCUGGAAGUUAUAGACAGUGAUACGAGACUUGUCCGGAUGUUGAAUGCACUGAGGGCGGAAAAACACCCGGAUAUGGAACUGGUUGACCCACUGACCACCUACUGGACAGAGCUCAAGUCAAUAACGGCAGCAUUGCAGAUGCUCCUGGACAAGUUCAACACUACGGUGCUACAACGGCUCCGCAACAACUACAUCAGCAGCCACAGCGCCGAGCUCCUGGUUCCGGUGUGCCAGCAGUACGCCCUGGACAUCGAGGACUUCCUCAAAACUCUGGAAACACAGACCGGAAACGCCAGCCUCGUUCUGAAAAGCUACGCCAACAAACUAAACCUCGAUCUGAUAAGCCCUUCGCCUUUUCUGGAGAGACUGAUGUUGUCGUGUGAUACAAAAGCGUUUCCAAUUCUCGGCGUUGUGUACGACGUCUGUACAAAAAUCUUCGGCAUGUGCGAGACGGCCAGGAAAUGGCUGAGCAGGGAUGAGCAGUUCAUGCAUGAGAUGAACACUUUUAUUCGCGAGACCAGACCCGUUGCUAGGAAACGAGAGCUCGUGUUGCAGACGGAGAAACAGAAGCAGAAGCGGGUUGAGAAGAAUUUCCGGAUAGCUCAGAACGUUUUGCACAAAAACCGAGAGAAGCUGCAGCUGAUUGAGGCGGAGCUGAAAGAGUUGGAGCAGAAGAUGAACAAGUCACGGGAGGAGCAGAAGGCGCGCAUCAAUGAGAUUCAUCAGAAGGAAAACAUGGUGGACUUUCUGAAGAUAACGGCGCAGCAGACGAAGAGGAACUACACGCUGCAGUCGAAGAAGAUGAAAUUGUUACGUCAGGUGAAAGAUUUAGAGGAUUAUUUACGUCUCAUGGAGAGCGACCUGGAGGUGGUGCAGGAUCGAAUCCUGGCAAAGUCUCACGAGAGGAUUAUCUUGACAGACAAGAUUAGCUCGUCUGAGCAGUCGUACGGCGUCUUAAAGACGGACCUGGACAAGUUCUCAGAGCACAUGGAGGAGCUGGAGGCGGAGGUCACAUGUUUAUCUGGCCAACUGCUCCAGAUGGAAAUCGUCCACACGAUCAGAACCUCACCGGAAACACUGGACAACCUAGUGGACCGGCCCUCCACCGUCAAACUCUCAAAGUCCCUCCAGGACCGCAUCAAAGAGAGGAAACGCAAGGCCGCCAUCAAGUCGAGUUAACGUUGAUGGUCAGCCAAUCAAAUGGAGUUAUAUGCAAAGGUCAAGGUUGGGUUUGGUGACGUCAAGAGCCGAGAACGACCCUGACGAGAGCAGGCUGAUCCGACGAGAGAAGACCUGGUCAUGUCAUAUGGGGUGGUCACGUGUGACGCCCAGCGUGAAAUUACGGAAGUGAUGCAACGCAAUGUGGAAACGACUCAAACAUAAUUUUUGACGUAAAUUGGUUUUAAAUCGAUGAGGACCUUCAGCUUUGAUUCGUGUCUAGCAUUACUUUGGGGAGAUGGAAACAUUUUUAGUAAUGUGAAACGUUAGCUUUGACAAGUUUCAGGUCUAAAUUGAGAACAGUUACAAACAAUAUGGGUUUAAGCUAAGCUCAGCCUUAAUAUGUGCCUAGCUGUAUUUGGUGAGAGAUAACGACCACUGGCUAUGAGCAAACUCAGCUUUAAUGUGUAUAUAAGCGUAUUAGGGGAGAGCUAAAUACUAGAGGUUGAAGUCGAGUUUCGUACCAAACCUUUAUUGGUAAAGGAAAAAUUAACUUUAUACCUCAAUUUGCACACUUGGUCGGCACACUGUACACGGUGACCGUGUCCAGUUCUUGUUAACUUGUCACGUGAUCAUAGACGUGUAGAUGUCACUCAAAGAUGACUUUCGUGGUCAAGUGACUCUGGCGCAAAUUGUUCAAGGAAACACAGUUUAUUUUCUGACAACUUCAUCUGGUUUGAAGAAAAACAUUUUCUUUUUGGUAUGUUGCGUUUGUGGAUGGUAGACCUAUAUCAACUUUAUGUUGGUGGUAUAUCAAUUUUAUGUUGGUGGUAUAUCAAUUUUAUAUUGGUGGUAUAUCAACUCUAUGUUGGUGGUAUAUCAACUUUAUGUUGGUGGUAUAUCAACUCUAUGUUGGUGGUAUAUCAACUUUAUGUUGGUGGUAUAUCAACUUUAUGUUGGUGGUAUAUCAACUCUAUGUUGGUGGUAUAUCAACUUUAUGUUGGUGGUAUAUCAACUUUAUGUUGGUGGUAUAUCCACUUUAUGUUGGUGGUAUAUCAACUUUAUGUUUGUGACUUUGGCUCUACGGAAGAGAAGGUAAAUCGUCCAGUACAUAGAAAAACAAACAUUCUCUGUGUUUGCUAAACAAAUAACUUUAUCCAGCUGUUGGAUUUCAAGUUUUGAGCGAUAUAUAUUGGCAUGUUGAACUAGAAUAUUGUAAAUUGUUUGAUCGUAUAAAACCAUUGCUCGUUCUUCUUAUAAAAAUGUUAUUUUCAUGAGGUUAAAAUUUAAAAAAUAAUAUUGUAUAAGAAACAGCUUAUUGUUAAAAAAAUAAAUUAUUGAUGUAUUGAUGUAAUUAAAUGUUCUGUGAUAGGGCCGUGUUGAGUUGAUCAUAAUUUUCUUGCUUAAAUCCUAUUAUUCACUUUCAGCUAAAACAGAAACGUAAACAUCUGGAAUUUAUAACUAGCCGUUAACUUCGUAUUAAUACAUUAAAUGUUUCUUACAUAUAAUCAAAAUUGAAUACAAGUAUGUUAUGAUAAAGCAACAGUUUUUAGGCUUUCAAAUACAAUCUACAGUUAAGUAUUCAAUAAGUAGAAGAUAUUGUCAUCACAAUCUUACAUAGCUAAUAUACAAGUUUUAUUAUAACUAUUAGGUAAUGAAAUUUAGAGCAUUUUAUUUUGUUUUCCAAGCAUGUCUUAGUUACACUUGGUUAAUUUAGCUAUUUUCGUGAAAGUAAUUUCCCUUGAAUAAAAUUUUGGUCUUUGCGUUUUUAAAUGGGAGAUAAUUCGUUGUUUAACUUUACAUUCAUUUCAAAUUCCUGCACCUGAGGUUGACCGCUUACCUAUAAAUACAACUUUAAGUUAUUAUUUGCUAUUGUAAAAAUUAUAUAGAGCUUAAGUUCUAUGCAAAAUAGUUUGGUAGGAUUUUUAGCAUUAUCAAGUUGAAAAACAAAUAUAUCAGUAGCCGUUGUAUAUUGCAAUACUUAAUGUUAGUAGACAUGCAGUCGUAGUCGUAACAUCUAAUUAAUUUUUUUUUUAUAUUUUCACCCUCUCCUAAAGGAUUCACAUAUAAAAAUUUUAGGCUGGAAUCUAUAACAUUUAUAACCUUUUUUUUUUCAAAAACAAAAAAACGUUACAUAAUCACACAAUAUAGACAUUUUACAGUUAUAACUAAAGACAGUCAAGCUUAAAACAGGUAAUUUCCGUUUUGGAACUCACCUUGGGAGGACUGCAGAGAGCCCAACACUACAGGAACUGUGUUUUUUUUUUGAGUGUUUUUUUUUCAGACUUUCUUCUCCCUUGAAUUGAAGGAAUUAGUACAAACUUUUGAGACGAAGGAGGCAAGUAAAAUUUAAUUUUAG